CUGAGUCUGACCCCUGCCAGCCGUCACCGUGUGGGGCCAGUGCCUCAUGCCGCCUCAAAGCCGGCCGUCCUGUCUGCUCCUGUCUGCCAGGUCUGCUGGGAGACCCGACAACUCUGUGCCACCCUGAGUGUAUCAGUAGCCACCAGUGUCCACUGGGCAAGGCAUGUGUGAGGCAUGAGUGUGUUGAUCCCUGUGUGGAAGACGUGUGUGGCCGUAAUGCCCAGUGUAGGGUAAUGAUACACGUCCCCGUGUGUUCCUGCAACCAGGGCUACACUGGAGACCCCUACUUCCACUGCAGACCUCUCCUACCGUUGCUGCCACCUGAACCACCUCGCAGUCCAUGUGCUGGAGAUCCCUGUGGACCAAAUGCAAUAUGUCGAGAGGUCAGCUUGCAACACCAGUGUUCAUGCCAGCCUGGGUAUAUGGGCACCCCACCUGCAUGCCGUCCAGAGUGUGUGGUGCAUGCUGAGUGCUCCACGCUGAUGGCUUGUGUCAACAACCGCUGUGUUGAUCCCUGCAAGGGCACCUGUGGCAUCCAGUCCCAGUGUCGCGUUAUCAAUCACAACCCAGUGUGUAGCUGUAUAGUGGGCUAUACUGGUGAUCCCUUCACCCGCUGCACUCUUGCACCCGUCACCAUACCCUUCCCACCAGCCCCACCGACCACACUACCACCCUUGCCUGGCACACGGCCACCACAUGAGGAGACACCCAUCGUUCCGGUGAAUGGUGAGCCAGGCACAACCCCCACACCUGUGGUGGUCAUGCCUCAACCACCUGCCCGCCCCUUCGAUCCCUGCUCUCCAGAUCCCUGCGGCUCCAACACCAUCUGCCGCAUCUCUGUCAAUACCUACACCUGUGAGUGUCGCCCAGGUUACUUUGGUAACCCUGAUGUGGGUUGUGGUCCCGAGUGUGUGCUCAGCAGUGACUGUAAAGGCGGCUACACCUGUGUGCGCAACAAGUGCAUAAACCCCUGCCCAUCAGCCUGUGCCUCCACUGCUCUCUGCACAGUUGUCAAUCAUCGCGCUAUCUGCAACUGUCCACCAGAUAGUCAGGGUGACCCAUAUAUUUUCUGUGCUCCUCAUCCAAUUGCUGCCAGCACUCCAUCUCCGCCACCGGUGGUUCCUGGGGUACAAGUGCCAUGUGAGCCUAACCCGUGUGGCCAGAAUGCAGAGUGCCUGCCCAUCAGCCCAAGUGGCGAGUGUCGCUGUCUCCCAGAUUACUAUGGCAACCCAUAUGAUAGUUGCCAACCAGAGUGCACUGCUGACCAAAACUGUCCUUUCUAUUUGGCCUGCAUCAACCAGAAGUGCCUGGACCCAUGUCCUGGCACAUGUGGCAUCAGUGCUGAGUGCCAGGUCGUGAACCAUGCUCCUGUAUGCUACUGCAAGGCUGGUCACACUGGUGACCCCUACCAGGCUUGUCGUGUAGAGGCCAUAUCUGUCCAGCCCCCUGUGAACCUCUGCAGCCCCAGUCCUUGUGGACCCAACUCCAAGUGCCAUGUCUCCCACAAUCGCCCAAUCUGUGAGUGCCUUCCUGCCUACUUUGGCAAGCCUCCUAACUGUCAACCUGAAUGCAUAGUCAACUCUGACUGUGAGACGGUACUGGCUUGCGUUAACCAAAUGUGCCGCGACCCUUGUGUGGGCACGUGUGGCACUGAUGCACUGUGUGAGGUGAUCAACCACAACCCCAUCUGUUACUGCCCCAGUCAUCUCACAGGCGACCCCUUCAUACGCUGCUUCGAGCCGCCUACUACAGUGAGCCCUCCCCAGAAGGAAGAAGAAGAGAACCCAUGUGAUCGAGAACCUUGUGGUCACGGAGCUGACUGUAGUGACCAGACGGGUGUAGCUGUCUGCACCUGUAAACCUGGCCUCUUCGGUAACCCUUAUCACCUUUGUCGACACGAGUGCGUGGUUAAUUCAGACUGUAGCCGUGAUAAGGCAUGUUCUCGCAACAAGUGCGUGGACCCAUGCCCAGGUGCAUGUGGGGUGCAUGCCGAGUGCGUUGUUAAGCACCACAGUCCCACAUGUACCUGCCCACCACACCUCACUGGUGAUCCCUUCUCUCGCUGUGUUCUUCUCGCCACCACUCCAGUGACCCCGGAUGACCCCUGCUCCUCAUCCCCUUGUGGUUUCAACGCCCUUUGCGAGAGGGAGGCCAACUCCUUCAGGUGCAAGUGUGUCAGUAACUACUUCGGUGACCCCUACACAGAGUGUCGCCCAGAGUGUGUUGUCAACACAGACUGUGCCACUGACCAGGCUUGUCGCAACCUCAAGUGUGUCGACCCCUGUCCUGGUACCUGCGGCACUAAUGCCCAAUGUAACACCAUCAACCACAACUCCAUCUGUGCCUGUUUACCCGGCCACCAAGGCAACCCAUACGAAAUAUGCCAUACCAUAAAAGAUGAGAGUGAGUGACUUGUCUGUCAGACCAUUGUUGUCUAUGUUAAUAUAGUGACACCACAUUUGUUACUCUCCCUCACCUCACUAUACUCUCCCACACUACACUCCUACACCUCACUAUACUCUCCCACACUACACUCCUACACCUCACUAUACUCUCCCACACUACACUCCUACACCUCACUAUACUCUCCCACACUACACUCCUACACCACACUAUACUCUCCCACACUACACUCCUACACCAC